AUGCCGACCGAUCUCGAGUGCGGGUCUGAGGCGCUGGGCCGUUACACGUGCAAGGAUGCCCCACGCCCGAGUGUGUGCUGCACCAACGGCUGCUGCUCCACCUCCCCUUACGAUCUGGACAUGUACACGGGGCUGCCGCUGUGGCUGCGCAUUGUCGUGGCAAUCUUCGCUGGGUUGGCAAUGGUACUCAUUUUCGCCUUUUGCGUCUACCGUGAUCGCCGCGCCAUGCGCGCGUACACACUUCUCAAGCAAGAGGAGGCGGAAGAGCGACGACAGCAACUUCGAUCGGAAGAGCUUCACGAGGUGCAUCCCAUCGGGCCGCAGAACAGCGGGGGGGAAACCUUGCACAUACCCGACACGCAGGGCCGCCCAUCUCUCCGCCCCGCCGGAUAA